CUACCCGAACAGGCCGGUCCUCCCGCCCCAGCCUCCCGUCGCCGUCCAAUGGCCGAAAGGCAGGACAAGCUGAGCAAGCCGCGGCAGCCCGGCCGGGUCCCCGCCCUGUUCCCGGUUCCCAAGGUGGGCCCCUGCGGCCUUUAAAUGCCGCCCAGGGCCGGUGCAGUGAAGCCCUGGCCACCCUUCUUCUUCGGGCGGCGACAGCAGCACCCUGAGGCAGAAGGCAGCCCGACUCUUCAGCUGCGGUCAGGGCAGCUGCGGCCACCUCCGACCUCCUGGCGGGCACCGCCUCCAACUCCCCUCCCCCACCUCUCCGGCCUGCCUACCGGGUCGGCGUGGGGCCCAGGCGCGCGCCCGCGCGCGUCCGUGUGUGCGCGCGCCCGAGCCAUUCUCGGACCCGCGCCCCCGCCCGGCGCAGGACUACCCCGGGAUCUCCGUCGGCUCGCAGAGUCUCCAGUCCCCCGACACCCGGCCUCCAGUCGUGCAGCCCGCCGCGCUCUGCAAGAAGAUGGCGGGAUCGGUGGCAGACAGUGAUGCCAUAGUGAAACUAGAUGGUGGACAUUUAAACAACUCCUUGAGCUCUCCAGUUCAAGCCGACGUGUACUUCCCACGACUGAUAGUUCCAUUUUGUGGGCAUAUUAAAGGGGGCAUGAGACCAGGCAAGAAGGUGUUAGUGAUGGGCAUCGUUGACCUCAACCCUGAGAGCUUUGCCAUCAGCUUGACCUGUGGUGACUCGGAAGAUCCUCCAGCUGAUGUGGCAAUUGAACUCAAAGCUGUGUUCACAGACCGGCAGCUACUCAGAAAUUCUUGUAUAAAUGGCGAAAGGGGUGAAGAGCAGUCAGCAAUCCCUUACUUUCCAUUCAUCCCGGACCAGCCAUUCAGGGUGGAAAUUCUCUGUGAGCACCCACGUUUUAGAGUGUUUGUGGAUGGACAUCAACUUUUUGAUUUUUACCACCGCAUUCACACAUUAUCUGCAAUUGACACCAUAAAGAUAAACGGGGACCUCCAGAUCACAAAGCUCGGCUGAUGUUUAAACCACCUCUGUUUCAUAAACAGGAACAGGUGCCACAACUCCCUGACUGUUGGUCUGGAAGAAGUGUCUUGGCAACACCUGGAGACUUAAAAAGGAAACAAAAACAAAAGGCAAGCUCUACUGUCUCUUCUUUGCAGUUUAAACCCAAAAUGGCUUCAACCGAGGUUCGCCCUUAAGAACUGUCGGCACACAGACACCGAGCCCUUAUUCCCAGAACAAAGUAAUACAUUUAUGCUGGAUUUUAUUCAGAUAAACUGAAGUGGAUUCGUGAUGAUUUGUGAUUUGGUAGCAAGUUAUCUUUUCAAAGCAAGGUGAUGCUCAGAAACAAAAGUGCUAAAGACAAAAUAACAACAAAAACGGUACACCGAAGUCAACUCAUUCUGCACUGAAGUGGAAUUGCGUCGCACAACCAACAUUUUAGUCAGGGUAUUUACAUGGAAUGUAGGCUGUUCAAGGUUCGUUUGGCUGUCUGUUUUUGUUUUUGUUUUUUUUGCAUAGCAUUAUGUUAAUUCAGGUUUUUAAAGCUUUCUCAUAUUUAUUUAUACUCAACGUAUGUAUUAGAGAAUGAUUAAUAUCUCAACAACAAGUUAAGAACUUUUGAAUGUACAAAUACCUUAGGUCCCAGGGGGAAAAGUACAUAUCACAGUCAUGAAACAGGUGGAUUUCUGCCUUAAAGAAUUGGCUCAUAUCCUCCAGACUCCUAACUCUUAGGAUCUCUUGAUAUAAAUUGCUGUAAGUGCUUUGGGGAAGAUUUUCCAACAUUUUGGGAAAACUGCUUUUUGAGUUAUUAAUAAUUAAUGUAAAAUUAUAUUUACAUUGCUUUUUCUCCUUACUGUGAGUUACCACAGUAUUGGCUUUUUAAAAAUACUCUAGCUACUUUUCCCUAGAUUUACAUAAUGUCUCCAUAAGUUGCUAUUAAACUAAUUGACAACAUAUGAGAAGUGAUUGCAUAGACAAUUUUUAAAUGACUAUUAUAUGAACUUUUAAGGGGAUAAUAUGAAAAUGAUACUGGACUGCAGUGUAAAGCAGAAGCAAAUGACCCCAGAUAACUUACUUGCAAAUAAUUUAUAUCAACUUAUGCUGUUAGCUCAUUGUAUCACUUUUAUUACGUGACCCUCACCAGUAUCCCUAAGCAAUGCCUUUGCAGCUUCAGAGUAGAAGAUGCUUCCUGUUUUCUGGGUUGGCUCUGCUGAGAUACUAGGAUAAGACAGGCUCCAGAUUAGGAGGUGAUCCAAUUAGUUUAUCUAAAAGGUUAACCCCCAGAACUCCAGGUCUUUGAGUCCAGCGAAUAGUGCAAACACUCCCAGCUAAGCUGUAGGAGACUCCUGCACCUGUGGAACUGAUCGGACAGCAGUGCCUCUCUAGCGGGAGCCUGCAGUGCUGUUAGUGUUGAGAGUCAAGGGGGGUGGUGGUCCUGGGUGCCAAACUCCCCCAACCACAUUGGCCCUGGAGGGAAGGACCCUUGGCAUUGCUUUGGUCAGGUAGUGGGGGGAUGGGGAGAAAGGGGUGCUGGGGUAGGGGUGUAUUUAUACAUAAUUUAGGUUUUGUUUGUACAGCAUACCGCGUCUUAUUAUGACAUGUCAUUGCCCAGCUUUGCUUUUGAGUUUUUUUACACAACAUGCAGAGGCACUGAGAUGGCCAUGUCGUUUCAUGUGUCAAGAAUGUAGACAGUGUUUCGGUACCAAAGUCUCAGAAAAAGAAAACUAAAACUUCAAAAUUUUUUAUAGAUGAUAUAUUUGGAUUCUUCUAACCUUUGAACCUGUUUAGCACAGUUCCAUUGUGUUAUAUAAGAAGAUACUUUACCCAAACAAGACUGGCUGAGCAUUGAAAAGCUGUGUGGACCAGCUGACUUAAUCAGCCAUAUUCAGCCAAGAGGGCUGUCCUGUGGCUCCAGGUAUUUUCAAGUCUGUGGUUAACUUCUCAUGGCUCACAAAGCCACUAGAUUUUGAGGAGUGUCUGUAGAGAAACUUGGAGGGUAUCCUGAAAUAUAUCUGUAGGGGUUUUGAUUCUACUUAUGGUGGAAGACCCCCACCGGAGGUUUCCCUUGCGUGGCCAUCCAUUCCCACCCACUGCAUAAUUCAGCAGAAACUAGAGGAGUUGGAAGUGUAACUGAUUGGAAUUGACACUCUGCACUAUCCACCUAUCAGCUAACCGGUUAGCAGCCAAGCCCUUAGGCAGCUUAGUGUAAAGAUGGGCUGUUAACCCUUCAUUUCUCUAUGGGGUCUGUGGGAACCUCUUAGAAUUAAUAUAAAUGAUGUGAUAGUUUGAUUCAGAUAUAGGUAAAUUAGUAGGGGCCUAACCCAGCAGUACUGAUCAUUAGCUAUAAACUAGAGACAAUGUUCAAACAAUGUUCACUCCCUCUCAUUGGCAUGUAAGGUCUACGGUGGGAAUUCAGGAUAGAAAGUGCAAUUUAAAGCUUCACAGGAAAGCAUCGGGUAUGUAAGGAGUUAUUUCUGACCAGAGCCCUCUUUUGCAAUGUGACCAAAACCAAGGAGUGUGACAACAGUCAGGCUCUAGGAGAAUAAAAGGCAGGCUUUAGACAAUCUGUCCAUUUCUGCAUCAAAAUUGGAGUGAAUGUUUAUAUCUGCGUAAAAGUCAAUGGAAGUGGCUUCUACUUCUGGGCUAUCCCAGAAUUGUCUUAAAGUUCUUCAUUAUUUUUUUAAUUUGAAACCCCAUUUCAAAUCUUGCCACCCUCAGUUCAAAACCCUCUAACAGAUCACUCAUAGAAUUGAAGGUGAUUUGUUAAAAUGGCAAACCUUUUCAUUUGCAUUAAAAAGAAAAUAUCCAAAAAGAGGGAGGGAGCCCUACUGCCUGGAGAGAAACAGCCUCGGCGUUUUCCGGCAUUACUGUAGAGAUAAUGUUCCUCUGACGGAUAUUUUCAAAGAAACACUUUCUUAUUUACUGUGUGGUGUAAAAUGUGCAUAAUAUGUUCUUACAUUAUUAUGUCACUGCUGAAAGUUAUUUGCACUAUAAUAAAGAAAUUUUCUACAAAAUGGUUUCCAGUUGAUAGCAUGCUAAAUUUGGCACCAUUGUGAUGUACGUCCCAUAAACCAUAUAUAGCAGUGUUUCCUCACUUUCACACGCACCUUCCAAGACCACAUGUCCCCAUGUCCCACACUGAUAAACUGGUCAAAGGAAAGGAGAUUGUCUCAGGGCCAUGAGAGACCUACUGAGUUUAUGUUGUGUAUGCAAUGGAUUCUUUCACUUUCUUUAAAAUUUUAUUCCAUUACUAUUUAUCCUCCUUAAGCCCCCCUUCCCUGCCCCAUAACUACCAAACUGUUGUUCAAGUCCAUGAGUCCUUCUUUUCUCUUGCUUCCUCCACCCCCUCACCUCCUUCCCCCUUAGAUGUCCUCUGACCAUCUAUCUAUGAGUCUGCGUCUGUUUUGCUUGUUAGUUCAGUUUGUUCAUUAGAUUCCACAUAUGAGUAAAAUCAUAGGUAUGUGUGUUUCUCUGACUGGCUUAUUUGACUUCGCAUGUCUCCAGGUCCAUCCAUGCUGUUGCAAAGGGUAACAUUUUUUUUCUUUUUUACAGCCAAAUAGUGUAAAUGUCCCAUAGUUGUUUUAUCCACUCAUCUGCUGAUGGACAUUUGGGCUGCUUCCAUAUCUUGGUGAUUGUAAAUAACACUGCAACAAACAAAUGGGUGCUUAUGUUCUUUUAAAGUAGUGUUUUGAGUUUCUUCAGAUAUAUUCCCAGACAAGGGAUCACUGGGUGAAAAAGUAGUCCAUUUUGAGGCAUCUGCAUACUGCUUUCCACAGUAGCUGCACCAGUCUGCAUUCCCACAAACAGUGCAAAAGUGUUCCCUUUUCUCCAUCAUCCUCACCAGCAUUUGUUUGUUGAUUUAUUGAUGAUACCCAUUCUGAUAGGUGUGAGGUGAUAUCUCACUGUGGUUUUAAUUUGCAUUUCAUUGGUGAUUAGUAACAUUGAGCAUCUUUUCAUGUAUCAGCCAUUUGUAUGUCCUCUUUGGAAAAGUGUCUCUUCAGACGGGGCUUUUGCCCAUUUUUUAAUUGGAUGGCUUUUUUUUGGUGUUGAGUUUUAUAAAUUCUUUAUAAAUUUGGGGCAUUAACCCCUUACCAGAUGUAUCAGUAAAUAUAUUUUCCCGUUC